GAUGAAAUAAGCGCUAGGAUUCAGAUUUUUUUUUUUAAUGCUCUGCUCGAUCGUCCAAAUAAGGUCAUCGGUACCUGGACAUAUCGCAUUGCAUUCUGGGAUACGGACGCCAUAUGCGAGAGAGUUCAUCAAACGAAGAUAUGACUACCAAAGUUUGGGUUGGCAACCUAGGAAAGGAAGGUGACAGGCAUGAGUUGUGGGAAGCCUUCAAGUCUUAUGGUGAACUACGUGAUGUCUGGGUAGCACGUAACCCUCCAGGGUUUGCCUUUGUUGAGUUUUAUGAUGCCCGCGACGCAAGAGAUGCUGUUGAUGCCUUGGAUGGUGAACGUAUCUGCGGGCAAAGAGUGAAGGUUGAAUUGUCACAUGGGCGGUCACGAGACAAGGGUCGAGGAGGAGGAGGAGGAGGCGGGGGUCGUUAUGGGAGAAGAAGAUCCAGGUCAAGAUCGAGAUCUCCCCGACGAUUUUCCAGGUCUCCUAAAAGAUCUCCACCGCGUUUCUCCAGACGAAGCAGAUCGAGAAGUCCUGGACGCCACUGAAUCGUAAAGCAGCCGUACUUUUGAAGAAGAAGUCUUUAUGAAUCAAGUGUUGUUUCCUUUGUGCUUCAACCAGUAGUCAUGUUAGCACAUUUUAUAGACCCGCUAUACGUGUGAACAUUCUCUGCUCCUCCCAUAGAUUUAGAUGUCAUUCAUCCAUAUCCAAACACCUUGAUCUUAAUUGUAACUAUUGAUUUCUCAUUUGUGAUAUAUGAAAUUGUUAGCUAUUGUACAAUGCUUGCAGUCCUCUCCUUUGGCCAGCCAAUGAAGGCCUGUGGUGACCUUGUUUUUACUAAUGUCUGCCAAAGGAGAGUGUGCAAGCAGUAUCUAGCUAUUGUAGUUACAGAGUUUUUAAAUUUUUGUUAUAUGCUGUUGAAGCCCAAUAAAGUUGUUUUAUUCAUAA